AUGAAUUUUAUUUGUGCCUCUCACUGGCAGAGUAAGCAACUAACUCAACCACAAAGCAAACCUUUUGGCCAUCUUUUCCUCAAUUAUUCAGCCUUUGUUUUUUUUUCCUUCUUUCAUUUUUCAAAGUUCCUUCCUAAUUUUUUCAUUUUCCUCUUGUUUUUCUCUCUCUCAUUUAUACUAUGUUCAUUAAUUUUAACAUUUUUUUUUAAUAUAUUUUUUCUUUUUACUCACACAUCUUCCCUUUCUUUAUUCACUACUUUCUUUCCUUCUCUUAUUGAUUCUUGUUUCUUUUUAUUAUCCAUUCUCUCUUUCAAUCCUUUGCCUACCAUUUUCUUUAUAUCUACACAUUCUUCUCACUUUUCUUUCAUCUCAAUAAUUAUCUUUCACUCUUUUUUUUCUCCUGUAUUUCUUCACCCUUCCACCCAACAAUCAUUUCAUCUUACCAUUAAUCUGUCUCUACAUCGCUUGUUCAUACAUAAUUCAGAAUACUAG